AUGACUACUGUUGAGAACCCACUGGAAAUUGUCGAUAUCAGUGAAAUCAACCAGCAAACCGCUGAGAAACUUCUUCAUGCUGCCUCUACACAGGGUUUCUUAAUGGUUGAAGGACACGGGCUAAGCCAAGAACAAGUUGAUCAGCUUUUUGGCUUAUCUAGAGAUUUUUUCCAACUCCCAUUCGAAGAGAAACAAAAAUAUAAAAUCGACGAGUCCAACCAUGGUUACACUGGAAUCGGUGUUGAGAAUCUCGAAGAGGACGACCUGGGAAAGCCUAUUGGUGACCCCAAAGAGGCGUUCAAUUUUGCGAAGGUUGAUAUGAGUAAGGGUGAACUCACUAGUGACGAGAUUCCCGCAAUUUUCGAGGACCCGGAAAACAAAAAGAUUAUUCAGGCCACCUUGAUUAAACUUCGCGAGUCCCUCUUCAGCAUGUUGCGCCUCAUGGCUAUGGGGCUCAAGAUCGAUGAAACGGAAGGUGGUGUUGAUUGGUUCACCAGUCGCCAUGAUCCGACCAGACCUAGCGGCACAACCUUUAGGUUCUUACACUAUCCAUCUCCCGUGAAGGAGGGAAUGACCGAGAAAGACCUUGAUUCCUGCGGGGAUAUCAAUGUUGCGGGAGCCCAUACGGACUAUGGAUGUGUGACUUUGCUGUUGCAGAGACAGGACGAGGACGGCCUCGAAAUCCUGUCGCCCGUGAGCCGGAAGUGGGAAGCGGUCCCAUUUGUCCCGGCCUCUCCAAAAUAUCAAAAACUCGGCCAAGCUCCUCCUUUAAUCGUUAACAUUGCAGAUCAGCUGUGCUACUGGACCAAUGGCCUCCUGAAAAGUACAGUGCACAGGGUUAGGUUCCCUCGCAAGUUAUUGCUGGAAGGAAAGCCAAGAUACUCGAUUGUCCUUUUCGUCCAUCCUGCUGACGACACCCUAUUGGAGCCAGUUCCUUCUGAGAAAGUUUCUUCCAUUUCUGGGCGUGGAGCUGCGCAUUACCUUGCCAAGCACGGAGUCUCUUUAACUGCUGGCGAACAUUUGGCAAAGAGACUUGCCACAACUUAUGGCUGGAAAACUGAGAAAGCCAAUUAA